AUGCCUGUUGGUGCCUCUUCAUUUGUGCAUGUCAUUGCACCUGAGACAGUUUUGGUGGCAUCUCUAUCCUUCGCAAUUCAUCUAAACCGUGAUGGUGAUGGACAAAUAGGUGAUAAUCGACCUUUUAGUCAGCUUAUUAUUGUGAUGAUUGGUACUCUUGUUAUGAUUCUGAUUUUCGGAGAAGGUGGAGAAUCAGAUGGUGUCGAAGAUGUACUGCGGGAUGAUGAUGAUGUGGAGCCCGCCACGAUUAAUGAGGAUAGCAAUGAUGAUUUAGGGAGGAGUAUUCCAGUUAGGGGUGGAGGAACAUCUAGUUUGGAAACUCAACAAUACCUCCCGCACUUUUCGACUUUAGACUUGGAAGCCAUGACACAGCAGGAGUUACCGAAUAAUAAAGAGGAAGUUGUCUUAAGCGUGAAGACUUAUAGCAUCUGCCGUGGGGUUGAGUACAGAGUGUUGGAAUCUAAUCGUGUCAAGUACUAUGGAAAGUGUAAGGAGUUUAUCAAUGGUUGCACAUGGUUGAUUCGGAUCACUCUUCGCCAGCAGAAGGGUAGUUGCAAGGUAAGAUGGUAUAAUAGACCUCAUACAUGUAUGCCCACGUUGAUAUCUAGUGAUCACAGGAUGCUUGAUUAUCAUGUUAUAUCUACUUUCAUGCUACCUAUGAUAAGAGCUGAUGUUGCCAUGUCGAUCAAGGUACUACAGAAUGUGACAUAG